AUGAACCGAACCGUGUGGAGGUUGCUUGCGGCCUCCCUUGCCUCCUUGGCAUUUCCGCACGCCGGCGCGGAGGCCAGCCGGGGUACUUGCCAGUGCGACGGCAUCCUCGACUGGAACGACCCCAGCUUCGGCAAGUGCGACUGGUGGGGUGAUGUCCACAUCACCAAGAGCUGGCGAUCUCCCGACGUCUUCGACUUCCAAGGCUAUGGCGUCUACAGCUACGCCUCCACCACCAAGUGCGGCGGAGACUUCGAGAUGCAGCUCUUCCAGUGCCCGUACAGCAGGAAUGGCAACGCCGUGGCCAUCGGGGUUGCGGUGAAGGUGAACAACGGGGACGUGGUUGUCGUUGCCAACGACACGGUGUUCAAUGCCGACGUCUCGGCAGACACGAUGGAGGACCUCAAGAAGGGAGUCAGCAUCGUCAGCGACGACAAGUGCGUUCGCCUCAACGUGAACACCAAGCUCUAUCGAAGGGCCCCAACCCUCCUGCACAACGGGAACUUGCGGGUGAUCCAGGAGGCGCUCACCAACGAGGGAAUCUGCGGAGCUCCGACUUUCGGCGGGGAGUUCGUGGCGCCGGAUGGGCCAGACAUGCUCUUCCCUGAGGAAAUGUUCAAGGAGAUGUGCGGCUUCUGCGAAGAUCAGACAGGCGUCUCCGUGCCCGGCUGCACUCCUGCCGGUGGCGGCGACCCAGUCAUCUCGCCGGGCUGCGACUUUUUGCAGUUGAGGCCCAGCAAGGAGUUCGUGGACUGCGCCGGUGACCAGGACCCGGUGCUUGAGGAAGCAAAGGCGGAUGGUGAAAACUGUGUCGCGUAUGUGCGCCUGCAGAAGCAAACAUCAUGCUCUGAGUUUUGCACGGAGAAGGGCUCCACGUGUGAGAUGGCCAUCGACCAGCCGAACGGCCAGAAGUGUGUGGCCUCCGUGUCCAGCUUGAGUGAGAUCGACACAAGCAAGAUCAACUGCGAUGCCAAAGGCUUCCGUGACCUCAUCUGUGUCUGCAAGAAGCCGGAUAACCCAGCACCAGGACCGACGCCAGAGGAGGCAUGCGCCGAGCAGACUGACUUCUCCGUGCAGGAUGCGGCAAACCUGUGCCGAGAGAAGGCGGACUUCCUUCAGGGAGUGGUGUACCCGGGCACCGGGGCAUCGCCAGAUGCCAUCUUAAAAGAAGCCUUUCUGCGGGCGUGCAUCCUCGACGUUUGCUCCGCAGCGCCCGAGGAUCGCGAGGAGGUGGCAGAGAAUGCGGCGGACCAGGAUCCUUCAGAUCCCCCGGUUGAGCCAUCGACCACCACCACUACAACAACUGCCCCGGCUGUUGUGGGAGAUGAGUUGUACGUCUUCGGCUUCACCCCCUACGUUGGCUCUUCCUCUCCUUUCCAGCCGCAGGGGGUGGUGGAAGUGGAGUCGCUCCCCGACGGCACCACCCGCCUCUCUUGGAGCCUCACAGGACUCGACCCUGCCUGCAGCAGCCAGUGCAACCAGGCGAACUGCUGCGGCGUUCACAUCCACGAAGGCAAGAGCUGCAAGAUCCCGGCCGGCGCUCACUUCUGGGACAGCGCCAGCAUCUCGCAGGACCCUUGGCUGUCCGUCAAGUACGACUCCAGCACCGACCCGGCGAACCUCCUGUCCAAGGAGGUGAAGACAGGGCUGAGCAAUGAAGACGUCUUGGGCCGCACCGUGGUGAUCCAUGAUGCGACGGGCGCACGCAUCGCUUGUGGCAUCAUUGAGCCGUCCACAACUACGGUCUUCGAGAAGUAUCCGAACUACGGCGGAGGUCUGCCAUUGACGGCCGGCGGCGUCAAGGUGGAGUCGGACGACACCACGCAGAAGCUCAGCUGGUUGUUCACGCAUGGCCUGGACCCUCGGUGCGAUGAGUCUACCUGCACUGCCGCCAACUGCUGUGGCGUUCACAUCCAUGAGGGCAUGACCUGCUCAGACGCCGACGCCAUUGGCGGCCACUACUGGAACAAGGAUGCCCAUUCGGAGGAUCCUUGGAAGAACGUGCGCUACGUGAUUCAGGGCUCCAUGCCAUCGGCGGUCAACGACAUCAUGGUCACGACCGGCUACGGGGCCGAGGACAUCAAUGGCCGGGCUGUUGUGGUUCACGACUACGACGGUGCACGCAUUGGCUGUGCCAUCAUCGAGCUGCCCGUGGUCGAGACGCCCGUGGAGGGCGAUGACUUGUAUGUCUUUGACUUCAGCCCGUAUCCUGGCUCCUCAUCUCCAUACCAGCCGCAGGGAGUGGUCGAGGUCAAGUCCACGGAGGAUGACAACACGGUUCUGUCUUGGAGCCUGACAGGACUCGACCCUGGUUGCAGCAGCCCGUGCAGCCAGACGAACUGCUGCGGCAUUCACAUCCACGAAGGCACCAGUUGCGCGGAGGAUGCCGGGCCCCACCACUGGAACGGGCAUGACGAGGAUCCCUGGCUGUCGGUCAAGUACGACUCCAGCGGGGACCCGGCCAACGUCCUCUCCAUGGAGGUCCACACACACCUCACUCGCAGCGACGUCUUGGGCCGAACGCUGGUGAUUCACGACAAGACCGGCGCCCGCAUAGCGUGCGGCAUCAUCGAGGACGGGAGAUCCUGCAUGGUAUGA